AUGAACUCUGCCGUGGGGAUAUAUACUAAAACCAACUCUUCCUGGGCCACUGCAGCAGCAUCUGUGGUAGUCAUCCCUGAAGCCGAAGUUCACUGCGGUGUUGUUGGUAGUUCAGGAUCUACACCUGUGGACAUAAGAGGCGGCUCAAUUAGCUUCGGCGAGUGUAAGGAAAUCUGCCACAGCUGUCGAGAGGAUACGGUUGCGGUAGACACAUCUUCUGGUACAACAUUCUAUGAUCUAGGGUGUACUUCUGCCACUCCUCGCCGGAAGAGAGCAGUACAGGCUGUAUCAGUGCCUAGUUAUCUGCCCAACAAGUCACCGAGUGCCGUCAGUAGUGCUUGCUCAUGCCUAAUUACGAAGCCCGCUGCAGCCGUCACUACAAAAGUCACAGCCAAAUCUUCCAAGACAGUCACGAAUACUCAGACCCGAGACGUGACUUCGACGGUUACCAACCGCCUAAGUACCGUUAUCACAGAUAAAAAGACUAGCACUUCCGUUCUGUCCACCACUACUACGAUCACUAGCUCUCAGAUCGUGGCUCAGACAAAUCAUCAGGCUGCUACCACUACUCAAGUGAAGACCUACAUUGUUACCAACUUCGAUCAUCUUGUUUAUGUGUACAAGACACAAUUUAUUACAUCUACCAACUUCAACACAGUUACUACCACUAGCACCAGGACCGUGCCAAACACUCGCUACAACACCGUUGUUGUUACUAGCACGCAGCCUACGACGGUCACUAAGGAUGUUUACACGACUUCGCAGACGGCUCUUUCCACACGUACUGUAUUCACAGGAGGGUCAACUAUCACCAGCGGAACAACUACUAUAUAUGGCAGUAUCUGA